UGGGCGCCGGCGGCGCGAUGCUGGGAGUCGUGGAGCUGCUGCUGUUGGGGGCUGCGUGGCUGGCAGGCCCAGCCCGCGGGCAGAAUGAAACAGAGCCCAUCGUGCUGGAGGGCAAGUGUCUGGUGGUGUGUGACUCCAACCCCACGUCUGACCCAACGGGCACUGCUCUGGGCAUCUCCGUGCGCUCGGGCAGCGCCAAGGUGGCUUUCUCUGCCAUCAGGAGCACCAACCAUGAGCCGUCCGAGAUGAGUAAUCGCACCAUGAUCAUCUACUUCGACCAGGUACUAGUGAACAUCGGGAACAACUUUGACUCAGAACGGAGCACUUUCAUCGCCCCGCGCAAAGGAAUCUACAGUUUUAACUUCCACGUGGUGAAAGUCUACAACAGACAGACUAUCCAGGUGAGCCUCAUGUUGAAUGGGUGGCCGGUGAUUUCAGCUUUCGCCGGUGACCAAGACGUGACCCGCGAGGCCGCCAGCAACGGCGUCCUCAUCCAGAUGGAGAAAGGCGACCGAGCAUACCUCAAGCUGGAGCGGGGGAACUUGAUGGGGGGCUGGAAGUAUUCAACUUUCUCUGGAUUCCUCGUGUUCCCCCUCUGACUGGCUCAUAACGGGAAUGGAGGCAGGAGAAAGGCAGGAGGGGAGUGAGAAAGGCCGAAAAUUACCAGGGCGAGGAAGCGGCGCCACCGGAAACUUCCUACGUGUACCUAGCUACAACUGGGCACAAAGGCGCGCGCCGCCCGCGGUCCAACUUCUUCUGCUCCCUUACUAAGAGAAGUAAAUUUCGCUUAGCUCUGCACACACUCCCAUUUCCAAAAAUAAACUCGCCUCCCCCAAGCCAGUCGCAGUAAUCGAGGAAGAGACUGCCUUGUCAUUGUUCCUUACCCACGUCCAUGUCCCCAACAAUUAACGAAGUAAUGUGAAAUGUUUCUCCCUACCCGACCCCCCUGAGCCCUGCCACUUACUGAAACUUAGUAUGCCCCCCAGUUUGAAGAGGGGGGGUCAGUUUGUUUUCUGUUUCUGUUUUUGAAUGGGGCAGGUAGUUUUUAAUAUAACAGGUUUUGCUCGUCAAACACUGCGCGAGUUAAGCGGGAGAGACUUGCCCUCAGCUGCUUGUUAGCAGAUGAAGGACUCGCCUUCGUGGUGACCGGUUUAACUAUACAUAAAUAUGUAUAUGUAUCACUUGUACACGAAGAGCUCUUCCGGGUGGACGCUGGCUGUAUUCCGUAUUUCUGUCCUGUUCGGAGUGAUCGUGAAAUCCAAGGCUGCUUGGUGUUUGUUCUCUGAUGCUUGUCAAUGCUCCGUGUUCUGUGGCUCCGCCAAACGCCAAGGAGGUUCUUCGGGACGCUUCCUCUUCCUCUGUAACAUACGUGUGAAUAGCCAAAAUUUAAUUUUGCUUUAAUCCAAUAAAGUCAAAGUGGGACUUUUA